AUGAAUGCGAUGAGUACGCAUCAUAUGGGUACCAGCAUUGCCACUAGAUUGCUCAGUUCCAAAUCGAAGAUGAAACGAGACAUUGGCCCAACAUUGGCAAAGGUUAGUGUCGACCGCUCACCAGGAGACCAGUUUCCAUUUCUCAGCUAUGCAAAGAGGCACUGGUUACGACACACUUCUCAUCUAGAAGACCUUCCCUCGCUGCCGUAUUGGCAUACACUACUUGAUCACCCCUCGUUUGGUGUCAAUCAACACGAGUUUCCUACUCGUAUAUUCAUCCCGGACAUUUGGCUACAAUCGGUAGAUCGUCUUCUGUCACAGGCUGAAAGGUCGAAGAUACGCAACAGAUGGAGACGCUCGAUGAUAACAAAACAAAUCUCGAGUUUAGUGCCUCCGCAGUGGGCCAGCAUGAUCUGGGCUUUAUCGAGUGGGCAUAUUCUCCUUUUGAAACAUGAGCUCACAAAGGCUCGAGGUGCCCAGAGAAUAAAGAGUUAUGUAAAACUGUGGUCUUUAUUAAGGCGUGUCAGUUUACAAGCACCAUUAGUCCUCGAAAUCGACAUGGAUUAUAACAUGGCUCGGUGGCUAAGUCGUAUGUUUGUCAAUCUCGCGAUAGACCAUCCGGCCAAAGACUAUCUUCUUCGACGGAUUCCAGAAUCAGACAGCUUGCACGCUGAGCUGUUGAUGAAAGCUAUCAGAAACAAUGAUGUUGUUUCUAUUUGUAGCCUCAUCAGAUACGAUCUUCAACAUUACGAGAAUCUCUUAGAUAUGGAGUGGUACGACGACGAUGGAGUGUAUAUUCAGCGAGCUUCUGUACCCCGAAUUCUUAAGGCAGCAUUUGCAAGCCACCCAGAGAAGGAGUUGAUGGAAUCAAUGAUUCUUCUCGACGAUGAUUGGUUCCGUAACCUCCUCCCAUGGUUCUGUUUCAUGAAUCUCUCAUAUUUCCAAUGGAGUGGGGGGCAGGAUCCACCGCUCUCAUUUGAGAAAGCUUUCGAAGCUCUAAGACAAGUUGGUGUCUCCGAUCAAAGGGUUGGGCUUCUGAAAACGUUAUUAGAGGUCGCUCGUGGACGACUAGUUGAGAUAGAUGGCCUUGAGGUUUCAAAAGUCCCGCCCCUAGAAGAUUAG